AUGCCAGAGCCGAGGAGGCUUAGUUGCUUUCACAGGCUUUGUGGCUCACGAGACCAGUCCGAGCUUUCUGCAGUCUCUAGUGACUAUGCUUCAUUGACUAUCUUCCUGUUCUUGCAAUCAUCAUGCCCCGGCCGACUUUGUCACGACUGCACAGACGAGACCACAUCAUAUCUCAGAUUUGAAAUGACGAACGCAGCCCAGACGGCUCACCACAGAGUGGUGAUCACUAUGUUAUUGAGCUCGCGACAAAAGAGUUCAAGAGAUGCGAGAGCCAGAGAUAUCCCAGAUAAUUCUGGCACCGUAGCCCAUCUCACAACUCUGGGAGCGUGA